AUCUCCAUAACUUCAUAUUUUCAUCUCUCUCUCUUCUCCUCUCCUUCCUUCUGCUACCGUUAGCCAUGUCUUUGGACACAGUGGACAAGCUAGUGGUGUUCUUGGCCAAGAGAGACGGAAUAGACAAGCUUGUGAAGACAUUCCAAUACGUUGCCAAGCUCGCGUGCUGGCGCUUUGAGGCCACGCAACCAGAAGCCGCCGAUAGGUUCAAGAAGUGGGAGGUCGCGUCCGGUCUCAGCCGCAAAGCCUUCAGGACCGGGAGAUCUCUCACGGGGUUCAAUGCGCUGAGGCGAAACCCCGGGGCAACCCCGGUGAUCCGUUUCUUGGCGGUCCUAGCCAAUUCAGGAGAGAUGGUUUACUUCUUCUUCGAUCAUUUUCUUUGGUUAUCAAGAAUUGGUACAAUCGACGCCAAGCUCGCCAAGAAAAUGAGUUUCAUCUCCGCUUUUGGCGAAUCUUUCGGCUACACUUUCUUCAUCAUCAUUGAUUGCAUUUUCAUAAGGCAAAGACUCAAAUCCUUGAAAAAACUCCGGUCAUCCGAUGAACCGAAAGACGAAAUCGGCGCAAAAAUUAGCGAGAUUCGAGGAGAUAUAGUAAUGAGGUUGAUGGGAAUUUCGGCCAACAUUGCGGAUUUACUUAUCGCAUUGGCAGAAAUUCACCCAAACCCCUUUUGUAACCACACGAUUACACUCGGUAUAAGCGGUUUAGUUUCGGCAUGGGCUGGUUGGUAUAGAAAUUGGCCAUCGUGAGAUGUAAUGUAAUAAAUGCUAAUGUUUGUUGUUUGGAAUGAACAUAGCAAACGUUGUAACUCACUUGAAUAUAUGAAACAUUUCUAU